GCAGAGUAGAUCAACUGAAUGCAAAGUCAAAGAUGAUGGCACUGCGACUGGUUCUGUUCGGCUUGAUGUGUAUGCUUGUAGCAGUAAAAACAUCUGAUGAGCGCCUCUAUAUCGAUUAUUAUGGCAGUUUGUAUAGUAGUUAUAUAGAUGGAGAAAAUCUGCUUGAGGAACCAGUGAUAACAAAUACUGACUCACAAAAAAUGUUUUUUGGAUACGACCCGGUAGAAGACUACGUGUAUUUUACUCACAACGAUCAACAAGGGAUUUUCAGACAGAAAACCGAAGGUUAUGAAAAAAAUGAGACCGUUGUUAAAGAUGAAGUGAUGAGUGCUGUAUUGGACUAUGUAAACGGUUUUCUUCAUUGGAUAUCACGUGACCAUGAAAUGUGCAACAUGAAUAUAAGAAGCGAUGAACGUAAUUGUUGUCCUGAUUUACCGUAUUUAUCGAAAAAUGCUAAAAUAGCUAUUAACAUGACGAAUGGUGUGGUAUACUAUACUUCAUCUAUUGGAAUUCAGAUAAUGAAUCCUUCGAAUUGCUCUGUCUUUGACAAAAUUGAAACCAACAUUAGAGGAUAUUUAACAGUGUCCCAGACUGAUAAUAUUGUAUACAUGUGUAACGGGGAACGGGUAUAUCGUAAUCAAAUGCUGAUGGAUAUGCAAUUAGAUUUUCCGUGUCAAAAUCUAGUUCGUUACAUCGACUACUUGAUCAUAGCACUAAAAACCGAAGAAAAUUCCAUCAUUCGAUUGUACUUGGACAUGGAGCACACUUAUGAGACAAACACAACCCGAGAGCUUCGUUCUUUCUUCGUUUCGAAAAAUGUUGCAGAAUGUGCUGACCAAUUAGGUAUGGAAUCUGGAGAAAUAUCCCACAAACAAUUAACUACAUCUGACACGCUAAUCAACAUAAACCAAUUGGACGAUGAGAAAAUGCGCCUAAAUUCGGAUAGUGGUUUUUGUUUUGAAGCCAUCGAAUCUCAAAUUGCUGACCAGAAACAUUGGAUUCAAGUCAAUCUUAGGCCUAAUACACUGAUGAGAGUAAGCGGAAUUAUUACACAAGGACAUUUCAAUACUACGGGAUGGGUAACAAAAUACAGUGUCUCGUACAUGUACAAUAAGUCCUGGAUACCCAUUGGAAAUGGUGAAGUUCAGAACUUCAAUGGGAACUAUGAUUCUAAGGCUCCAGUUACUAAUUUGUUUUUAAAUUCUGUUAACGCUCAAUCAAUUCGUAUUUACAUUGUAGACUGGAAAAGACAACCAUGUAUACGAUUUGAUGUUCUUGGAUGCAAUGACACUUCUACAAGUACUGGAACUGGUAUAAAUACUACAGAUGAAGACGUGAGUACUUUCGCGACACCAACCUCAUUUGUAACUGUUACACAAACUGAGAGUGUCCUCACAGACAUUUCAGAAAGUGGUACAAAUGAAGAGACUAAUGCAAGUGGUGAUAUUGAGGAUGCGAGCAGUUUCGCAACAUCAACAUUAAUGCCAAGUAGGUCUACUUUCUAUUUCUCCACCAUAUACGAAAGUUUCACAACGCAAAGAAUAACCGAUGAAGGUAAUACUAGCAUGUCCGGGAAUGUCCUGGUAAGUUCCGGCACUGCUCCCAGCAUAACUCACCAUGAAACUAACACUGCAUUCAAACAGGAAUCACCAACUAGAGCAGGAACCACCAAAGCAGCAACCGUACCUCCUGAUGUCUGUAGCUCUCACCAAUUUACAGAAAAUAUGUUGUACAGUGAGCAUGGCGCAACGUUCCACUGCAAGAUUACGGAUGAGGUGGUAGCAGAGUCGGCAGCAUUUAUUGAUAUUGCAAUGCUUGACCAAUUGGAUACGGUUACUGACGAUUUUAUUUCAUUUUCUGGACAGGGCAUUCAUGGAGUUGCUACACACAUUCCUGAAGACAACAGCAAAGUACUUCUACCGAUGGAUAGUGAUGAGAUAUCUGUUUCAUUUUCCAGGGAAAUCCUACAAUCAUCGGGGAAUGCGACAGCCGUGAUAUCGUAUGUAGAGAUUGACGAUUUUGAAAAGAACCAAGUCAUAUUACAAAGUCCAGAUGAGAGUUUGUUUGGUGGAGAUUACGUCAUAAUAGGUGUGAUUUCAAUCGCUGUAUAUAAUUCUCUAAGAGUUGAAAUUGUUGGCCCUGUUAACUUCAGCGUACCUAAAACUGUUUUAAUGAACGGAUCCGUUACGUCAGAGAAGAUUAUUAAUGAAGUCUGUGCGUUUUUUGUACUGGAGCAAAGCCACUGGUCUGCUGAUGGAUGUAUCACUGACACUACUGCUAACGCUACCCACUGUAGCUGCAACCACCUGACAAGUUUUGCUAUUUUAAUGCAGGUUUCAUCAAAUUCGAUUGGGAAAACACAUGCUAAUAUUACGGAUAUCAUCACAAAGAUUGGUCUGUCGCUUUCACUGAUUUCUUUGGUUGUAACGCUCACUGCCUACAUAGUUUUACCUGGACUUUGGAAGUCUCUACGCAACAACAUUCAUAAACAUCUAGUGGGCAAUAUGAUUGUUUUUUACCUGAUGUUUCUUGUCGGCUCUGAAAAUGUAAAAAAUAAGGGACUUUGUAAAGUGACGGCAAUAUUACUACAUUAUGAGAUGCAAACCGUAUUCAUGUGGAUGUCUGCUGAAGCAAUUUACUUAGUAUUCAAAGUGGUUCGCAGAACGCCAAGCAAAUUCAACAAGAUUCGUUACUACAUGAUAGCGUGUUACACAAGUUCUUUCUUAAUGGUGUGUUUAAGUAUUUCGAUCAGAUAUGACUGCUAUGGAACAAAGGAUGUAUGUUGGCUGGCACAAAGUUGUCGAUGGACCGUUAUUUUUCCGGCAAUACUGAUAGUAGCUUUCAACACAGGAGUUCUAUUGAAGAUGGUUCACAUAAUCUACUCACGGACAGGAUCGAUGACAAAUAAAACGGCCAAAUCUAGGAAUGUCAACGAAAACAAGAAACAACUAAGGUCUGCUGUGAAAGGUAGCCUGCUGCUUCUACCUAUAUUGGGAAUCACCUGGAUAUUCGGUCCUUUUGCUGGUGAUAGCCUUGUCUUGAACUACAUUUUUACUAUUUCGAACUCACUACAAGGCGUAUUUAUCUUUAUUGCAUAUUGUCUUUGCGAUAAGGAGGUAAGAGAAGCAUUCAACAAGUUUCUGAAUCGGAGAUCUAAUACAAAUCGUGUGAAUGCCUCGUUUGAAACUGAGACAUACAGUAUGUCCAAAACGACUGGAAUUACAAGCGCUUUCGGAUGAAGUGCCUCUACUUCGUGAUAUGACUAUUUAGAAGAGACUGACGUACAAGAAAAAAACUUUUUAGUGAUCGAUGGCCUGAGAAUAUCACGUGACAACAGGAGAAACAGUAUGAUAUGG